AUGGCCCUGGAGCAUACUCACGGCACUCUCAUGCUCAACCUUGACUAUGCGACCACUGUAUCCCUCACAACCCUUGGUGCAUCUGUGGUUGGGCUUCCAAUGUACGUGGUUCGCAAAGUGCUCCAUAAUCCAGCUCCGUCACCGAUUCUCCCACUAAAGUCCCUCUCCGUUAUACCGCUGUUAGCCGGAUCCUUCCUUCUGCUCAAGCCAAAGUUGGCGCAUUCAAUGUCUUCGCUGACAUCUCCCCGUCAACCCUACUUGAUGGCUUACUUCUCUGUUGUGUUCUUCGCGAUUAUCACGGGAACACUACUGUUUCUCCAACCUCCUGGUCCGAUGGAUUUCCUGGUUGCAGCUGUGCUCGGCUAUGGACUUUAUCCCGAGGGAAGUCGAGUGGCGCAGGCGGUACCCCAAACACCUACCGCUAGGAUUAUCAGAGCCUAUCUGAAAACCAUCCUUGCCAACUCGGAAUCGCGGAAGAUCUUCUACUUCCUCAUGUUGAACAUGUGCUACAUGCUCGUUCAAAUGCUGUAUGGGGUUUGGACAAAUAGCUUGGGUCUCAUAUCGGACGCCAUUCACAUGGCGUUUGACUGUAUGGCGAUUGCGGUCGGUCUUAUGGCAUCGGUGAUGGCCACCUGGCCUCCGAAUGAACGCUUUACCUAUGGGUACGGCCGGAUUGAGACGCUCUCCGGAUUUGCAAACGGCAUUUUCCUUAUCCUCAUCUCAAUAUUUAUUGUCUUCGAAGCCAUUGAACGUUUACUAGAACCUCCGGAAAUGAACACCAGCCAACUUCUUCUUGUCAGCUCUCUAGGGCUAGGUGUCAAUCUAUUCGGCAUGUUCGCCAUGGGUGGUCAUCACCAUGGUCAUUCUCACUCCCAUGGGCAUAGUCAUGGCAGCCAUGCUCAUUCUCAUGCGCACGACGAGGGGCACGACCAUGCUCAUGACCAUAAACCUGAAUCGCCGGUGAUAUCUAGCAGCCUUCACGAUGGCAGACUUAACCUCCAGGGAGCCCGUGAACAUGAUCAUUCAGACUCGCACUCUCAGGAACAUUCGCAUUGGCAUUCACAUUCACAACCGCAUUCUCAGGAACACUCACACUCCCACUCGCAAGUUGGCGAUGAGCAUGUCCAUGCUCAUUCGCCUCCGGGGAGUACGGAAAGAAACACACCGAGGUCGUUGCAUGCCGCAGCCCACCACAAACGUCGCUCCUUCCCGGGACCUGCGCUGCUUAUUGACGGCGGAUCGGAAGGCAAACCUUUGUCCGCUACGCAUCUUUCCCCAGCCGUCGCCAAGAGCUUAUCCUCGGCGACUGUCGUGUCGCCCAUAACGCCGAGUUAUCACUUUGGGCACGAUGAACACUAUGAUACCCACCAUCACGACGAGCACGUCCCUAAUCUGCAUGACCACUCUCAUGUCCAUGAUCGCCAUGAAGGUCAUAGCCAUAACAUGCGGGGUGUGUUUCUCCACGUCAUGGCGGAUACGCUCGGCUCUGUAGGCGUCAUCAUAUCCACCCUGCUCAUCCAAUACUAUGGAUGGACCGGUUUCGACCCAAUAGCCUCCCUGUUCAUUGCAGUGAUGAUUGCUGCGAGCGUUAUACCGCUCGUCAUCGAUACCGGCAAAAUCCUAUGUCUCGACGUCGGUGACCGUGAGAGCGACAUUCAGCACGCGCUUGAAGAGCUUUCCUCCGUGCAUGGCCUGCAAUCGUACAGCAGCGUGCGAUUCUGGCCGAAGGAUGCCUCGAGCUUGAUCGGCUCGAUCCAUGUGCAGCUGUCCCCUUCAGCAUCAAACCACGAUCCUACCGGCCCUCAUUCGAGCACCACGACCUCAUAUGCUAGCGUGGACCGCGUAGUGGAGAAGGUCGAUAUGUUACUUCGCAAGCGGAUAUCGGGGCUGGAAGAGCUGUCCAUCCAGGUGGAAGGGCACCAACGUGUAUCUAGGUAG